GAAGGACUGGUAAUUAUUUCGCUUCACUGUUUCUGUUCCGGAGUCUGAGCGGUUGGUUUUUCGGGAGGGAAACUUUACAAGGUUUAACGAGAUUCGAGCUCGAUUAAUUCAUUUCGCUUUAUUAUCGAAGCCAGUACAGCCACACUGAGAGGAGUCUGAAAAUCAUGUCAGGCAUUGCACUAAGCCGGCUUGCCCAGGAGCGCAAGGCAUGGCGGAAGGACCAUCCAUUUGGAUUUGUAGCCGUACCAACAAAAAAUCCAGAUUUAACCAUGAAUCUCAUGAACUGGGAAUGUGCAAUUCCAGGGAAAAAAGGGACUCCGUGGGAAGGAGGUUUGUUCAAACUGCGCAUGUUGUUUAAGGACGACUAUCCUUCUUCACCUCCAAAAUGUAAAUUUGAACCUCCACUCUUCCAUCCAAAUGUGUAUCCAUCAGGCACAGUAUGCCUAUCUAUUCUAGAGGAGGACAAGGACUGGAGACCAGCCAUCACAAUAAAGCAGAUCUUAUUAGGUAUCCAGGAACUCCUAAACGAGCCCAAUAUCCAGGAUCCAGCCCAAGCAGAGGCUUACACAAUCUACUGCCAAAACAGAGUAGAAUAUGAAAAAAGAGUUCGAGCACAAGCCAAAAAGUACUCUCCCCCGUAAGAGGCGAAGACUGGCUCGGCUGCGGCAGAAGGAAUGGGUUUAACGAGAAUCACCUCCCCGCUCGGUCUCUCGAUGAAUGUGCUCCUCUCACAUCAGGACUCGCUUAAAGACUUUCUAUUUAAACUCCACACAUUCUGUGCCAUCCCUUCUCCUUUCACAUCUCAACUUUUUUCUUAAUUGCCCGUUGGCGUUAUGCUGAGAGGGGACGGGUGCUUUGGCAGCACCCAGGUCAUUUCUUCUAAAACAUUGUCUUAUGUGGUGUGAGGGACAGCCUCCGAUCCAUCGACUCCAUGCAAGCUGGCUGUCAUCCGUGUCCAUGGAAAAUUUAAAUAAACAAAGUCUUUGUUUUAUUUUACUCUUUCACAGGGUCCCUUCCUUUUUGAUUUCCUUUUAUUUUCCAUAAAUUUAAUGUAAAAUUGGCUUCUUUCAUUGUCAGUAUUUGAACUGCUGUAUAAUGAAUGGCACUUUUCUACCGUUGUAUCUCCCUAGUGUCUAGAUGGCUCUGUCUCAUUUUCUUUCCCAGUAUUUUCUAUUCAGCAUGCUGUAAUAUACUAUAGAAUCUGCUGCCUUGGCUGUCUUUUUGUUAUUCAGAGUGUUUGCUAUGGAUUCAAUGAAAAUAGCCACAGUGACUGAGGCAGGUAGGCUUAUACUUCUGUACUUCAGACUUUAAGGUUAUAUGGUGCUUUGUCAUGUAUGUGUUGGCUUAAUAAAACUUUCUACAAAAUGUA